CCCCCUGUUUCUGCCAUGACGCCGUCCCUUCCUUCCCAGGUCACUGUGCGGGUGAAGGUGGAAAAACCCAGCCUGGAGGAGACACCAUGUGCAGGAGCAUCAUGGGAAACUCCUGCACCCCCACUACCCCAUCCCCAGGAGGGGGCGACACUGAGCCGGCCUGGCCCCGAGCUACCCUGCAUCCCCAAGGAGGAGCCCCAGCCGCCCCCGGCAGGAGCCAUAAUGGAGGAGGCGAAUUCGCAGCAGGAAUGUCCAAAGGAAGGCAAAGUGCCCCGCACCUGCCCCCAAAAAUCCGUUGGGGACAGGGGCCCUGGGAGUCAGGGUAGGGCUGAUGUCCCCCAGCCGCCGAGGGAACUCGCCCCGCAUGCCCAUGACCCUGAUGUCGCGUCUGGUUCCCACCCAAUCCAGGGGCCUCACCUCUGCCCCCAGUGUGGCCGGAGCUUCCGCCAGAGUUCUGCCCUCCUGGCUCACCAGCGGACCCACACUGGUGAGAAACCUCACCAGUGCCCGCAGUGCGGGAAGAGCUUCUCCCGGGGCUCCCAGCUCACCCGUCACCUGCGAAUCCACGGGGCAGAGAGAUCCCACCGCUGCCACCAAUGCAGCCGGAGUUUCUACCACAGCUCCGAGCUGGCCAGGCACCGGGCCUCCCACAGCAAGGACCGGCCCUACGGGUGCAGCCAGUGCGGGAAGAAGUUCCGCUGGCGCUCCGACCUGGUGCGCCAUCAAAUCACCCACACCGGUGAGCGCCCCUAUGGUUGCCCAGAGUGUGGCAAGAACUUUGGGCAGAGCUCCCACCUGGUGAGGCACCGCAGGACCCACACACCUGCUGGGCCUCAGUUUGCCCAGCUGGAAAAUGGGGAGAUGGAUCCUGCUUUCGACAAGAAGCUCUUCAGGGCAGGGACGGGCGCUCACGCUGUGUCGGGCCGUGCCCAGCAUGACAGGGCCCCUGAUCUCAUGGGCGGAGGCUUCCCUCUCCCCAAGACUGACGUGAGGUGGAUGGAGCGAGGGGAAGAGCCGUGGGGCCCUGAUCUCCCCUCCUCCGAGGCUGGGGGGACCCCCGGUGAGACCCACACAGAAGCUGACGGGGUGGCCACACCCCCGACCCCCCGCCGCAAGCCAGCCGGCCGCUCCUACCAGUGUCCGGAGUGCGGGAAAUCCUUCCGGCAGAGCUCGCACCUCCUCCAGCACCAGACCACGCACACAGGCGAGCGCCCCUACCGCUGCCCCGACUGCGGCCGGGCCUUCAGCCAGAGCUCUGACCUGGUGCGGCACCAGCGCGUCCACACAGGCGAGCGCCCCUACCGCUGCCCCGACUGCGGCCGGGCCUUCAGCCAGAGCUCCAACCUGCUCCAGCACCGGCGGGCGAGCUCCGGCACCCGCCCCUUCGGCUGCACCCAGUGUGGCAAGCGCUUCGGCCGCAGCUCCCACCUGCUCAAGCACCAGGCCACCCACUCCGGCGAGCGGCCCUUCGGCUGCACCGACUGCGGCAAGCGCUUCGGCCACAGCUCCAGCCUGCUCCAGCACCAGCGGGUGCACGCCGGCCAGCGGCCCUUCGGCUGCGCCGACUGCGGCAAGAGCUUCCUGCAGAGCUCCGACCUGCUCAAACACCGGCGCGUCCACACCGGCGAGAAGCCCUACACCUGUGGGGAGUGCGGGCGCGGCUUCAGCCAGCGCUCCCACGUGGUCAAACACGGCCGGGUCCACAGCCGGGGCAAGCCAUGAGGGGGCAGGGGGGU